AUGUCAGCAAAGGCGGAAGGCAGGCGGGAGGAGCCUGGAGCAGGCGGGAACAUUCCAGUGAGAUUGCAGAUAUGCAUGUUAACAACAGGCACUUCUCCGAUAUAAAAUAAUUUUUCUCAAAGUGCGUCCACUUAAUAUCAGUACAUGCGCAACAACCUAAGCAUUACGAAACUUCUAUUCGCUCAAAUAGGCUUUACGUAGCAAAUUAGCCAUUGAAUUCUAUGUUGACCGCCAUACAAAGAAUCCAUACAACAAACCUCCUUAAUCGCUUUUUUUUCGCGGGGACAAGAUUUGGGGGUGGAGUCAGCCCUCUUCCACUCUGGCAGCCUUUACCGUGAAUGUGGUCUCCGCGAAUGCGGGAACAUUGCCUUUAAAACGUGCAUAGCAGACAAAACGCAAUUGGAUUGACUCUGGCCCUAGGCCUGCCUUGGGUGGGUAAAUUGGCUGCUAUUGUAGCUUAUUUUCUCUCAUGCUUAUUACUGACAAACACAUACACAAACACACAUGCACACAGAACACAAUACAAGUAUUUAUUAUUUAAAUUAUUAUUUUCUGUGUAUUUCAGUAUUUGGCCAAAUCAGCUACUUCUAUUUUAAGUAUUUGAAACUUAUUUUCAAAAAUACUUAUUUCCAAAUGUAUUGUUUCAAAUACCCCUAGGAACAAACAGACCUGAGUUCAAUGCAUUGAGUAAAUAUUUGUUUUUGAAAAUACAUUCAAAUACAUGCCAAUACUUUAAGUGUAUUUCCAAAUACAUUCCAAUAUUCUACUACUUGUAUUUUCAAAGACAAACUAGCCAAAUAGUUACUUUGAAAUGUCUUAAGUAAUUUAAAUACCCUAAAUAGUAUUUGAACACAGGUCUGAGACACACACAUACCUUAAACACACACAAUUGGUCAACACAAACGUAUGUGCUGAGGCCAGUGUGUGUCUGUAUACCUCAAAGGGCACUAUUGUGACAAAUGCCAUGUGCAUAAAUGAGUGCACCGGCAAAGGGGUCCCUCAGAAAAUAAUCAUUGAGAGAUUUCAGUGCGAACUGAGUAUGUCUCAAAGUCAGAAAAUAGUUAUAAGUUAUGCACACUCAAGUUUUCUUUUUUUUUUGGUCUUAUUUCUUGUUUGUUUCACCCCAAACAAUAUUUUGCAUCUUCAAAGUGGUAGGCAUGUUGUGUAAAUCAAAUGAUACAAACCCCCAAAUAAUCCAUUUUAAUUCCAGGUUGUAAGGCAACAAAAUAGGAAAAAUGCCAAGGGGGGUGAAUACGUUUGCAAGCCACUGUAGUGUGUGUGUGAUUAAGUGUAUGUAUGGUUGCAUAUAUAGUUACAUUUUAGUCAUUUUAGCAGACGCUCUUAUCCAGAGCGACUUACUGUUAGUGAGUGCAUACAUUUUCAUACUAGUCUAGUGAGUGUGCAUAGGGUCAGUGCAGAUUGUUUGGUACCAUUAAUUGACUAUUUAGCAGUCUGCCUAUUUAGCAGUUUUAUGGCUUGGGGAUAGAAGCAGUCUCUGAGCCUGUUGUUCCGAGAGCCGAUGCUCCCAUACCGUUUGCCGGACGGUAGCAGAGUGAACAGUCUAUGGCUUUGGUGGCUGGAGUCUUUGGCAAUUUUUCAGUCCUUCCUCUGACACUGCCUGAUAUAGUGGUCCUGGAUGGCAGGGAUCUUGGCCCUGGGCUGUCCGCACCACCCUCUGUAGCACUUUGCGGUCAAGGGCAGUGCAUUUCCAAUACCAAGCUGUGAUGCAGCCAGUCAAAUGCUCUCGAUGGUGCAGCUGUAACUUUUUGAGGAUGCGAGGGCCAUUGCCAAAUCUUUUCAGCCUCCUGAGGGGGAAGAGGCGCCAAUCUCCGUAGGCGCCACCUAUCAGAUUAAUGAAGGGGACUGAAUGAGGGCAUCUUCCUGGAAUGAAACCUUCGACCUUAGAAUGAUUGCCUAGCUGUAUUUGACCACUUACCCUUUCAGUAGUGUUACUGUAAUUGACACUUAGACCAGCUUCAAAGGUUUACCAACCAGAGAUUAUUCAAUCAGUACCACUAAAAGUAGUAGUGUCUGGUUAUCUCAUUACCUCUGUGGGUUGAUCUUGGUUGGGUUUCAUUCUGGGAAGAUGUUCCAUUCCCUGUGCCCUUGUUCACUCUGCUUCAAGGAUCUGAGACAACAUACUGGGUAGGUGUAAGCAAGGCAACCAAUAGCUCCACCUAGGAUUGCCUUCAUUCACAUUUCCAGUCCUGUCAGAUCUGUGACAGGGAGAGAAGAAGGGCAGAUGGGUGGCAGGGACUUACUGGAAUGAAAUGCAUCCAUAGUUUCUCCCAUGAGUGUAUAAAUACUCACGUGUCCUCUGUCUGUCCACUCUUUUAUUACAAGUUGACAGUAGCAUUUGGUUUACUCCUGCUACCCCAACUGGACAAAGGCUAGACAUGCUAGAUUCUACCAACUUCAUAUAGGCCAGUGGUCACCAACCUUUUCUUAGUCAAGAUCACUUUCUGAGUCAAAAUGCAAGCAGAGAUCUACCGCUCAGAUUUGUUUUGAACAUUACAUAAGCGUAAGCCUAUGCAACAUAAAAAUAUUAAAGACAGUACUGUAGCAAUGAGGUUUGUGCAGAAUGCUAUAGGCCCAAUACGUUAUCACCGCAUAUUGACUUCGCUUGAAUUGCCCUGCCAAUGCAUUGUUGUUCGGACCAUUAAAAAAAAUAUAUAUAUAUAUAUAUAUAUAUAAUAAUUGGAGGUAGGCAAUUGGAUCACACUGGUAAUAGAUCAGUUGUUGUAUUACUUGUGAGGCACAGCUGACUGAGCAUACAUUUCAAUAAUUUACUUUUUAUUUUUUAUUUUACUGGGCUGAUGGUGCCUGCAUCUGAUGGUCAGUCUCAGCGGAGGGAGAGAGCAGCAGACUGAGGGUCCGCCUCUCAACGUCCCUCCGCUCUCCCUUUCCUCCACUGACACUGACCAAAAAGUGACACCGUCUUCCAGCUGAUGGUGAAAACUCGAGUCGCACCGCAUUAUUUCUGCCUCUGUACAAAUUCAUGUUACUCCUGUGAAAAGUGAAAGAUUACCCAAUUUUAAAAAGGACCCAAGCCGCUAAUAAUAACUACGCAAGCCAAUCGAUACACUUUCCUACUCAUUCAUUACAGUUGCAGUGCAAAAAACACACAUUUUAUGGCUUCUAAAAGUGUUGAAUACAAAGUGUUGACAGUGCUGAGUAAGAACUUAAACAUGAACUCACUCAUAAAAACAGCCGCUCUUUGCUGUAUUCAUAAAGAAAAAGAAAAAAGGAACGCAAGGCUUUAUCAUUGUUUUUUUUACAGAAAUGUUUGGCAAUCGACAAGGGAUAAUUUGGAGAUCGAUCGCGAUCUAACGGUUGGUGACCACUGAUAUAGGCCUUUUUUUAAAUAAAAGUUAUUUGGGGGGAGGGGGACAAACUCAAUAUACUUUAAAAUGACUCAAGUCAAAUCUAAACUGUGUAGAAAUGAUACAUGACCUACAUUCAUAUGGUUUCUUGACUGUGUCCAGCUCGCUAAUAAUCACUGAAAUGAAAUUGUUUGUACAUUUUGACGGCGAGGAAAUGCAACAAAUGUUCUAUGUGGCCCUCCAGACCUCAUUGAAGACUGAAUGAGGCCCUGGGGCAAAAUGAGUUUGGCACCGCUGAUUUAAACAAACAUCUCUUCUGUCCCAGUGAUCAUUGGAGUCUUAGAGGGAGAUGUGCUUUCCAUGUCUAUAUUAAGGUUUUCCGAGGGAGCUAGAGGAGACAUGGGGUCUCCACAUGGGGACAUCUCAAUAGUCUAAAGUGACAUUCUUGCUUUGUCUCCUCUCCUAUAUCUACACCAGUGGAGGCUGUUGACUUGACAUUUUUUGUUUUGGUUGAUGGGAGACCAACGGUGUAGGCGUGAACCACAUGAAGACGACAAAGCGUUUUAAAAAAUCGUCAAAGACAAAUUAUUUUAACCUAAAACAUUUAAUAAAGACAGUAACAUAUUAUGGGGAAUGGGAAUGAGAGGGCUACUUACUCAGUGUUGGGAAGGGAUCACAGCAGUGAUUGAAUUAGGGUAUGAGGCAUGACUUGAGGUGAUCAGAGGCUUGACUUCAUUGCAGGACAGGGGUUGAGGUUUUCAGUUUUAUAUCACUAAUUUUAGAUUGUAAAUCUUUUGGACAUCAGAGCAAUCUUGAGGGAAUUCUAUUUGAGUCAGAAAAGGAUCUUCACAUGACAGGUUAGCUAUAAAAAACAUUGCAGAGAGCCUAUCCAACUGACAAUCUCUUAGAAAAAAAAUAUAAACAAUUGGCACAAAAAUAACUGAUAUUGGCACAAGAUGGAGGAAAUAUUGGAACGUAACUAACAAAAUUACAGUUAACUAAAUGUACAUGUACGCAUAAUCCAGUAAACUAAUGUAUAGAAUGUAUUAUACAAGAGACAAAUUUCACAAAUUCUACAGCACAACAGCAGAGUCAUGUCUUAAGUGUAAAACUAACAAUGACUCAAUAAUCUGUGCCUUCUGGGAAUGUUAUAAAGUCCAAAAGUUAUGGGCGGAAUUAGAAAGUUGGCUAUCAGAAGGAAAUGUUGAAUCUGUCUGUCUGCAUAUUUCGAGACAUGGCAUAUGAGGGUGCAGUGAGAUACCCAAUGAGUUCGAUGAUACUUUUCUCGUCAAUCAUCUUGAAAAAACAUAUACUUAAACUGGAAAUCAACCAAUCCUCUGUUGUUAACACAACGGAAUGAUAAAAUGCUUUAUUAUUUAAAUGUUGAAAGUGCGUGGGCGACGGAGAGAAACUAUACGGUGCAGUUUGAGGCCAUGUGGCGGAGAGUGAUGCGAGCACUGGAGAUGGGGGUGUGAGCAUGUAGGUCUGGGCAGGUGUGAUGUAGUUGAUGUUUGUGUGAUGUUGUUGUUUGUAUGUGUAUGUUUUGUAUUGUUUAAAAUUGAAAUUAAAAAAUCUUACCAACAUUUCAAAAAAAGUGUGUUUUUGUGUAUGUGAUUGACUCUACAUACAGUAAUGAGAGAAAAUUGACAGGGCUAGUCACAGUGCUUGGAGAGGAAACAUUCAAUGUGCCAGUGGAUUAGGGCACAUGAGACAUGGCUUCAGUUCAUGACAGGAGAGUUGACACUGGUAGUGGAGUGGAGUGGUCAUCACCUCUUAAUCAGGGAACAGGAGGGUACUUAACUGUAAAUACAAAUAGCAGAUACAUUCCAUUAUAGCAGUGCCAUCAUACGUUUGAGCAACAAGUUUCUCCAUGAAGUUAAACUCCGACAUCUCCGAUUCAACAAAGUCGAACACAGACUGCGCAUCUCGUCCACUUUACACAUCAAAGUUGCCCAAGAAACGUUCCUAAAUAAAGCCCUGAUCAUCGCUUACGUGCCUUUUUGUCGAGCAAAACGUUUUGUGGAAGGUACUACGCUGCGUACAUUUUGUUUAUAAGCCCACUAGUCUACUCAUUUGUUGUCAUUAAAUGUCCUGAAUAAUAGAACGGAAAAUACUUUGGUUGUUGGCACAAUAGCCUAGGCUAUCCUACACAAUUGCACACAGUAGCCUAGACUCAGUUUCCAAUCCGACGCACAGAAACAUAUGAAAACAUUAACUGAUUACCUUGAUGCUUUCUCUGUUAAAUCUUCUAGAUCCUGCUGUAAAUCAAGCAGACAAUGGCAGAUAAUCAACAUAAAUGUAGGGGUAUCGGAUUGGAUCCAAUGUGGAUCACAACUGUCUUCACUGGUGCAACGAAUGAGACAUCAAAAUAUUCUGGACAUUAUUCCGAACACCGUUUUCUCCGCACUAGCUGUUUUUGCAGGGUGUGAUAUAUCAAUUUUGUAAUUGCAUACAUCAUUUGGGAUUUCUGUCCCAUGAAAUCUGUUUUCACAGCGUAGCCUAAAAUAUCAAUAUGAACAUUUGAUAAAGCGGUGCUGCCAUUAAUAACAAACCAUCGCAUACAGUGCCUUCAGAAAGUAUUCACACCCCGUGACUUUUUCCACAUUUUGUUGUGUUACAGCUUGAAUUAAAAUGGAUAAAAUGUAGAUGUUGUGUCACUGGUUUACACACAAUACACAUAAUGUCAAAGUGGAAAUAUGUUUUUAGAAAUGUUUACAAAUUACUAAAAAAAUGGAAAGCUGAAAUGUCUUGAGCCAAUAAGUAAUCAACCCCUUUGUUAUGGCAAACCUAAAUAAAUCCAGGAAGUAAAAAUGUGCUUAAUAAAUUGCAUGGACUCAAUAAUCUGCAAUAAUAGUGUUUAACAUGAUUUUUGUACCCCACACAUAGAAUUAUCUGUAAGGUCCCUCAGUCGAGCAGUGAAUUUCAAACACAGAUGCAACCACAAAGACCAGGGAGGUUUUCCAAUGCUUCUCCUAAGAAGGGCACCUAUUGGUAGAUGCCUAGAUGGGUAAAAAAAAAAAAAAAGCAGACAUUGAAUAUCCCAUUGAGCAUGGUGAAGUUAUUAAUUACACUUUAGAUGGUGUAUCAAUACACCCGGUCACUACAAAGACACAGGCGUCCUUCCUAACUGUUGCUGGAGAAGAAGGAAACCGCUCAGUGAGUUAACCAUGAGGUCAAUGGUGACAUUAAAACAGAGUUUAAUAGCUGUGACAGGAGAAAGCUGAGGAUGGAUCAACAACAUUGUAGUUACUCCAGAAUACUAACCUAAAUGAAAGAGUGAAAAGAUGGAAGCCUGCACAGAAUACAAAUAUUCCAAAACAUGCAUCCUGUUUGCAAUAAGGCACUAAAAAAAAUUUUUUUUAAACGUGGCAAAGAACUGAAUGUCCUGAAUACAAAGCAUUAUUUUUGGAGCAAACACAACACAUCGCUGAGUACCACUCUAUAGAUUUUCAAGCAUGGUUGUGGCUGCAUCAUGUUAUGGGUAUGCUUGACAUCGGCAAGGACUAGUUUUUUUCUUUAAAAAGAAACAGAAUAGAGAGCUAAGCACAGGCAAAAUCCUAGAGGAGAACCCGGUGUUCAGUCUGCUUUCCAACAGACACUGGGAGACAAAUUCACCUUUCAGCAGAACAAUAACCUAAAACACAAGGUCAAAUACACACUGGAGUUGCUUACGAAGACGACAUUAAAUGUCCUUAGUAGCAUAGUUACAGUUUUCACUUAAAUCAGCUUGAAAAGCUAUGGCAAGACUUGAAAAUGGCUGUCUAGCAAUGACUAACAACCAACUUGACAGAGCUUGAAGAAUUAAUUAAAGCAAAUAUUGUACAAUCCAGGUGUGCAAAGCUCUUAGAGACUUACUCAGAAAGACUCACAGCUGUAAUCGCUGCCAAAGGUGAUUCAAACAUGUAUGGACUCAGGGGUGUGAAUACUUACAGUACCAGUCAAUAGUUUAGACACACCUACUCAUUCAAGGGUUUUUCUUUACUUUUACUAUUUUUUACAUUGUAGAAUAAUAGUGAAGACAUCAAAACUAUGAAAUAACACAUAUGGAAUCAUGUAGUAACCAAAAAAGUGUUAAACCAAGAAGCUAAGUGAUGGAGUGCUGCAUCAGAUGACCUGGCCUCCACAAUCACCUGACCUCAACCCAAUUGAGAUGGUUUGGGAUGAGUUGGACCGCAGAGUGAAGGAAAAUCAGCCAACAAGUGCUCAGCAUAUUUGGGAACUCCUUCAAGACUGUUGGAAAAGCAUUCCAGGUGAAGCUGGUUGAGAGAAUGCCAAGAGUGUGCAAAGCUGUCAUCAAGGCAAAGGGUGGCUAUGUGAAGAAUCUCAAAUAUAAAAUAUAUUUUGAUUUGUUUAACACUUUUUUGGUUACUAGAUGAUUCCAUAUGUGUUAUUUCAUAGUUUUGAUGUCUUCACUAUUAUUCUACAAUGUAAAAAAUAAAGAAAAACCCUUGAAUGAGUAGGUGUGUCCAAACUUUUGACUGGUACUGUAUGUAAAUAAGAUGUGGAAUACGUCAAGUUGUGAAGGCACUUCCCAUUGAUGGCCCAUAAGGGGUUGUUGGGUUUCGUAUUCAGAUGAUUAAGCUUUCAGAACAUUCACACCUAGCCUACUGGUCAAUCAGCUCACAGUCGUCUGGACACUUUCCUAUGUGCAGUGCAUCUCAGUCAUAUUUCCCUCCUUUUCAUAUCGGAAAAAAUUCAACUGGUAGCUUAUUGAGACAAACUUUACAUAGGCUAUUGGUGCCAAUCACUAUAGCCUAAUAAUCCUCCAAUCGAUGGAAAUAUUUUUUGUGCUGCCAACAAACAGUGGUGCCGAAUCUCUAUUAAUUAGUCUAUUCUAAAAACAAAAAAAUCAUAAUGUGCUGAAAAUGAAUCCCAUACAUCUCCUUGAAUGAAUGAAUCAGCACAGCCCUCGCUAAACCAAUUAUGAUGUUUGAGUAGGCUAGGCCUAUUUAAGGAAAUAUCAUAGGCCUAGUUUUAUUAUAUUGAUAAUUAGAUUCUAUACAGAAAAUUGAAAGAAAACUAAUUAUGAGGUUGAAAUAACAUUUAUUUAUAUGUGCACGUUUUUAAUUUAUUCAUUCAUAUAUUAGUAGGCUUAUGGAUUGCAUGUUUUAAUUUAUUUGCCCAACCUUGUUUCAUUUAUUUUGUCUAAGGGACAGUUUGAAAUUUACUGGGGUAGGGGGUCUGGUCCCAAAUAGGGGAGGGUUGUGUAACUUUUUUUUGCUUUGGGGAGGGUAGUGUGUUUUUUUAUUGGGCACAGGGGAGGGUAGUGUGUUUUUUCCCCCUGAUAAUACAUUUGCAGGUUUUACUAUAUAGGCCUAAUGUCCUCAUAUACUUGCAUUCACCUCCCAUUUAACAUUUACUUGCAUUCACCUCCAUUUAACAUUUAAGUGAAAUGGGAGUUUUAGCCUAUUCAUUGAUUAAAAUAUCAGUUGAUGUAAAUACAUUUGACAGGUCAUGCUUAUCGGUCUAUGAGUAAUUUGCAUAAUUUAGUGGAAUUAAAUUGGCGCGUGUGUAUUUUCUAGGGGUAUCGUAACGGAUAUUGGCAAUUUUCUGGAUACGAUUAUGAUCCAAGUUUUUUUGUAAUUAUCCUUGAUCGGAAUUAUUCUUUUUUUGGGGUGCCAGCCCAGCACGCAUCUUUCGCAUGUUAGUUAGUCAUGUGCAAGGUUCUACGUGGUCUAAAUAACUCAACUGGCUGUCUUUAAAGAGAAGGGCGGGCUGCACGUUGAUCCUGCUGCCUUGAUUGGAUAGAGUGAAGCUGUAUUUCUCCAUACACUCGCUUCAUAAUUUCCUUGCAUGUUUAUGGUAUGAUCAUUUAGAUUGCUGCUGCCUGCUACUAUGAUAAAUCACAUGGCAAGGGCGUUUGCUAUCAACCUGUCAAUGUGCAUAAUAUCUAACAAGCCGCACAAGAGUAGGGAAAAAAAGAUGAAACGCUGAUGCGCAUUCUGACUGAGUGACAGCAAACAUGGCUGCCCGCUGCAAAUUGAGGACACACAGAGACACUCGCACACCCUCUGCGCGUUGCUCCUAAUCUGCAGCUUUUUUGCAGUGAGAACGUGCAGGGAGGUAUUUUCCACACAUCUACUUAAGCAUAUUAAAACACUUCCGUUUUUUCAGAUCACGAGUAUCAUCCGAUCCGACUAUCAACUGUCAAUGUACGGAUACGAUUACGAAUACGAGUAUGGCCAUGUCGGCACACUCCUAGGAUUUUCGUUAGUUGUUAUGAUUCUUAUUUUAUCACACAUGUACAGCAUACAGAAAUUAGCCUAGUUUAAGCAGAAAAGCUGUCAUAGCUAUUUGAUUUCUCAACUGGUAAUUGAAGUGCACUUCCCAUUUGCCAUUCAAGUGCAUAUAACAGUGGGCAGGCUUCAGCACAUGAGCUGCAGGCAGUAUGCAUUUUGAAAACAUAAACUUAAUUGUUUGAAACCUGAACAUUUUUACCACAUAUUAUGAGGCAAUAUAAUAAUAAUAAUAAUAUGCCAUUUAGCAGACGCUUUUAUCCAAAGCGACUUACAGUCAUGCGUGCAUACAUUUUUUUUGUGUAUGGGUGGUCCCGGGGAUCGAACCCACUACCUUGGCGUUACAAGCGCCGUGCUCUACCAGCUGAGCUACAGAGGACUACUGAGGCUUGCUUCAAAGUAGCCCAGGCAAAAUACGACCAAACGUGGAGGCAAUUAUUUUAUAAAGACUUCCAUAUGCCAUUGAAACCAGUAGCCUAUUUCUUUCAUGUUGUAUUGGUUUUCAAAUCAACUUUCUUUCAUUGUCCAGUAGCCAAAAGGCACAAUCCUAGUCAUAUUAGCAACCCAUGUUAGUUGUUGCAUUUUUAGAUCUCCCCCUCUUUUUACAUUUCUAAUGGAUAUUUUCAUCUGUCUCAUGAAACCGCUUGCAUGUGCAGCGUGCUUUUGACAAUGGUGUUUUGCCACUAAUUGCAUUAUGGAACAAACAUUCGCUCGUAGCCUAAUGCCUUGUGCGCAAUGUGCAGAAAUAAUAAUUUAUCAACAUUUUAAGCGAAACGUUCUGAUCUUUUUCAUAAGCCUCAUUGCUUAUUUAUUUUUUAUUUUUAUGUAGCCUAGGCCUACUGGUUGUAUGAAUUUGGGAUCUAUCGUCCCACAACUGUCCCAGAGUCAGUUUGGAACAGGCUAUUUCUUUCUCGCACAGAACGACAAGCUGACCUAUAGAAUAGGAAAACCUUUCUACCAUGGGGAAUAGUAUAUUGAUAUAGACCAGGGGUGUCAAACUCCUUCCACAGAGGGCCAAGUGUCUGCGGGUUUUGGGUUUUUACUUUCAAUUAAGACUUAUACAACCAGGUGAGGGGAUGUCCUUACUAAUUAGUGGCCUUACUUCAUCAAUCAAGUACGAGGGUGGAGCGAAAACCCACAGACACUCGGCCCUCCGUGGAAUCAGUUUGACACGUGACAUAGACUAGUGAUUUUGCUUGUUGGCUGAGAAACUACAUGUGGACAGUUAUUCAAACUUCUUCAAAUGCUAAAAUGUUCAAUAUAAAUCCACAAUAUAGAGGAAUAGCUGAUAGGCAGUGGAGUGGCCAGGUGCGUCAUUACGAAUGAAAGAACAGUGAAGACACACAGCUCAAAAAGCUCCCGUAUUGAUCUUGUUUAGGGACAAUACAAUUAUUCUACGUAGACUAGCCUAUAACACCACAAUCCAGUUAAUAAUUGUAUUAUUGUUUUCAAGUGAAUGCAAUUGAGUACAAUUCUACUCUAGGCUGUAAACUGCAGUGAAAAUGACAUUUGAAUAAUGGCGCAAAAAAACCUAUUAUUUGAACGUUUCAUUCCAUUUGGAUCAGUUGUAGGUCUACUCUCGAAGGAUUAUAGAAAGGCACAGUAGCAUGAUAGUCUGGUUGUAUUUUUAAUUCUGAUACUGAUGCACUGUCUGUUGCCCAUCAUCAUUCUCCCAAGUCGUCCUAUGUGGCCACAUAUGCCUAUGUUCCUAAAUAUUUGUCAUUUAACUUUUAAAAUGUAUUACCUUCUAUUGUGUGGCAUAAACACAACUAGUCACAAUGUUGUAAUCUGAUUAGGCUAAUUCAAAAGUCUCCUAUAGGCUACCUGUGCAUGUUCAUCCACUCCAAUAUAAUUCCAGCAUCCAAACUGUGCAACAGCCAUUCGAUUAAUGGAAAUAGACAUCUGUUACGAAACACCAGAAGGUAUAAUGACAUUCGGAGCCAAGCCUUUGAUACUAAGUAGGGAGGGGUGGAUUUUCUGUUUGUCGAGAUUUACAUACUUGAUUGUGGUGUUGAAAACGCAAACCAUAAUGAUAAGCACUCGAAGUCAGCAAUCGGUAUGCACUUAUACGUUGUUAUUGGUUUAGUGAUGUGCAUUGGCACAGAAAGCUGUUGGUGGAACAUUUGUUGCAUAUAUUUUAUAUAAUUAUGAAAAUAGAAUAAAAAUGAAAAUCUGAUUUCCCCCUAGCUGAUCAUUGUCUGCAGCCGGCUCUGAUCAUAGUGUAAUGAGACAAGCAGGGAGAGUGAGCUUGUCUGUGGUGGUCAGCGAGUGUGACUCUGUCUUGGACUGGGAUUAGGUUUAAGGUUAAAGGGUAAGGGUUGGUUUGAGUCACGGGCCUGGUAUGAACAUGGAAAUAAAUUACCUAUGUUGCACGAACCGGGCUGGUGUGUGAGAGACGUGGUGUGUGUGUAAUUGCAUAUUUGUGUUCCUCUAUGUGCGUGUGUAUGUUGACAUGGGUGCGUGGAAAAAGUAAGGAUAGCACCAAGGCCUGUGGAGAGACCAUGCACUCAUGCGUGUCACUGUACAGAAGUUUAAAAACUUUCCCAAAGAGCUAUCUGAUUGCCCACCACAUGUUCUUGGCAUUCCUUGGGCUCUGUAAUGUACACCUCCACACCGCUGGUCCACACUACCCCAGGGACACAUUCACACAACGCACCCCUAGACCACACCCGCACACACACACACACCUGAUCCUCACUCCUCCUGACACACACACACACACACACACACACACACCCCACCCUUAGUCUUCACUUUUUCUUGGACAUCCACCAUUCCCUGGGACACCCACACCCCUAGUCCUCCUUUGGGUAUUAAUAACCCCCACGGCCCAUCAUUGAAGUAUGUGGUUGACAAGGUUCAGUUACUGGCGACCAAGUAAAGAACGUGAGCAGUGGAAAAGAUGAGUGGAAGGGUCUGGACCCACUAGCCCGGACAAAGAUUAAUUAAACAUAAAAAAUUCACUAAUUUCAACUUUUGACAUGUAUGAAAUGUCAGACAAAUUACAGAUAGCCCAUCAUCCAUCAAUAUAGAAAAGCAAAAGGCUCUAUCCGUUUUUUUACGAAAUACAAAAAGUCUGUCUGAAGUAAUGUGGCCUAAGGAUGGCAGUAGGAUUGAAUAUUUUCCCGGUAUUUUACAAAUGUUCCAUCCCGAGAAUAAAUCACUUUUCUCCCGGGUAACCCGGUAUUUCCUGCCAAAACCGGUGUCAUUCAAAAGCAUUAUAAAGCAUAUAAAUAUGUCUUAGAGCUUUGAUCAGCAUGAAAAUUCAACCCUGAUGCUACCUGAGCCUGAUGAGCCUUACGUUAAAUACAUGUUAUGAGCCCUACAUUAAUGACAUUUAAUGAGCCCAAGCCCAAAAAAUCCCAAAUGAUUGUGCCAUUUCUAAUACAUAUAUGAUAUAGGAUACUGCACAUUAUGCACGACAGAAAAACAUAAAAGCCCAUAGAUGUAGCUAGCUACAGUUGAAGUAGGAAAUGUACAUACACCUUAGCCAAAUACAUUUAAACUCCGUCUGAAAUGUAAUCCUAGUAAAAAAUUCCCUGUCUUAGGUCAGUUAGGAUCACCACUUUAUUUUAAGAAUGUGAAAUGUCAGAAUAAUAGUAGAGAGAAUGAUUUAUUUCAGCUUUUAUUUAUUUAAUCACAUUCCCAAUUGGUCAGAAGUUUACAUACACUCAAUUAGUAUUUGGUAGCAUUGCCUUUAAAUUGUUUAACUUGGGUCAAACGUUUUGGGUAGCCUUCCACAAGCUUCCCACAAUAAGUUGGGUGAAUUUUGGCCCAUUCCUCCUGACAGAGCUGGUGUACCUGAGUCAGGUUUGUAGGCUUCCUUGCUCACACAUGCUUUUUCAGUUCUGCCCAAACAUUUUCUAUAGGAUUGAGGUCAGGGCUUUGCGAUGGCCACUCCAAUACCUUGACUUUGUUGUCCUUAAGCCAUUUUGCCACAACUUUGGAAGUAUGCUUGGGGUCAUUGUCCAUUUGGAAGACCCAUUUGCGACCAAGCUUUAACUUCCUGACUGAUGUCUUGAGAUGUUGCUUCAAUAUAUCCACAUAAUUUUCCUUCCUCAUGAUGCCAUCUAUUUUGUGACAGUCCCUCCUGCAGCAAAGCACCCCCACAGCAUGAUGCUGCCACCCCUGUGCUUCAUGGUUGGAAUGGGGUUCUUCGGCUUGCAAGCAACCCCCUUUUUCCUCCAAACAUAACGAUGGUCAUUAUGGCCAAACAGUUCUAUUUUUGUUUCAUCAGACCAGAGGACAUUUCUCCAAAAAGUAAGAUCUUUGUCCCCAUGUGCAGUUGCAAACCGUAGUCUGCCUUUUUUUAUGGUGGUUUUGGAGCAGUGGCCUCUUCCUUGUUGAGCGGCCUUUCAGGUUAUGUCGAUAUAGGACUUGUUUUACUGUGGAUAUGGAUCAUUUUGUACCUGUUUCCUCCAGCAUCUUCACAAGGUCCUUUGCUGUUGUUCUGGGAUUGAUUUGCACUUCUCGCACCAAAGUACGUUCAUCUCUAGGAGACAGAACGCGUCUCCUUCCUGAGCGGUAUGACGGCUGCGUGGUCCCAUGGUGUUUAUACUUGCGUACUAUUGUUUGUACAGAUGAACGUGGUACCUUCAGGCGUUUGGAAAUUGCUCUCAAGUAUGAACCAGACUUGUGGAGGUCUACAAACUUGUGGAGGUCUUGGCAGAUUUCUAUUGAUUUUCCCAUGAUGUCAAGCAAAGAGGCACUGAGUUUGAAGGUAGGCCUUGAAAUAGAUUCACAGGUACACCUCCACUUGACUCAAAUGAUGUCAAUUAGCCUAUCAGAAGCUUCUAAAGCCAUGACAUCAUUUUCUGGAAUUUUCCAAGCUGUUUAAAGGCACAGUCAAUUUAGUGUAUGUAAACUUCUGACCCACUGGAAUUGUGAUACAGUUAAUUAUAAGUGAAAUAAACAACAAUUGUUGGAAAAAUUACUUGUAUCAUGCACAAAGUAGAUGGCCUAACCGACUUGCCAAAACUAUAGUUUGUUAACAAGAAAUUUGUGGAGUGGUUGAAAAACUAGUUUUAAUGACUCCAACCUAAGUGUACAUAAACUUCCAACUUCAACUGUACAGUCAUGGUCAAAAGUUUUUUGAGAAUGACACAAAUAUUAAUUUUCACAAAUUCUGCUGCCUCAGUUUUUAUGUUGGAAAUUUGCAUAUACUCCAGAAUGUUAUGAAGAGUGAUCAGAUGAAUUGCAAUUAAUUGCAAAGUCCCUCUUUGCUAUGAAAAUUAACUUAAUCCCCAAAAAACAUUUCCACUGCAUUUCAGCCCUGCCACAAAUGGACCAGCUGACAUCAUGUCAGUGAUUCUCUCGUUAACACAGGUGAGAGUGUUGACGAGGACAAGGCUGGAGAUCACUCAGUCAUGCUGAUUGAGUUAGAAUAACAGACUGGAAGCUUUAAAAGGAGGGUGGUGCUUGAAAUCAUUGUUCUUCCUCUGUUAACCAUGGUUACCUGCAAGGAAACACGUGCCGUCAUCAUUGCUUUGCACAAAAAGGGCUUCACAGGCAAGGAUAUUGCUGCUAGUAAGAUUGCACCUAAAUCAACCAUUUAUCGGAUCAUCAAGAACUUCAAGGAGAGAGGUUCAAUUGUUGUGAAGAAGGCAUCAGGGCACCCAAGAAAGUCCAGCAAGCACCAGGACCGUCUCCUAAAGUUGAUUCAGCUGCGGGAUUGGGGCACCACCAGUGCAGAGCUUGCUCAGGAAUGGCAGCAGGCAGGUGUGAGUGCAUCUGCACGCACAGUGAGGCGAAGACUUUUGGAGGAUGGCCUGGUGUCAAGAAGGGCAGUGAGGAAGCCACUUCUCUCCAGGAAAAACAUCAGGGACAGACUGAUAUUCUGCAAAAGGUACAGGGAUUGGACUGCUGAGGACUGGGGUAAAGUCAUUUUCUCUGAUGAAUCCCCUUUCCGAUUGUUUGGGGCAUCCGGAAAACACCUUGAGACCAUUCAUGUGUGGGGUUGCUUCUCAGCCAAGGGAGUGGGCUCACUCACAAUUUUGCCUAAGAACACAGCCAUGAAUAAAGAAUGGUACCAACACAUCUUCCGAGAGCAAUUUUUCCCAACCAUCCAAGAACAGUUUGGUGACAACCAAUGCCUUUUCCAGCAUGAUGGAGCACCUUGCUAUAAGGCAAAAGUGAUAACUAAGUGGCUCGGGGAACAAAACAUCGACAUUUUGGGUCCAUGGCCAGGAAACUCCCAAGACCUUAAUCCCAUUGAGAACUUGUGGUCAAUCCUCAAGAGGCGGAUGGACAAACAAAACCCCAGAAAUUCUGACAAACUCCAAGCAUUGAUUAUGCAAGAAUGGGCUGCCAUCAGUCAGGAUGUGGGCCAGAAGUUAAUUGACAGCAUGCCAGGGCAGAUUGCAGUGGUCUUGAAAAAGAAAGGUCAACACUGCAAAUAUUGACUCUUUGCAUAAACUUAAUGUAAAUGUCAAUAAAAGCCUUUGACACUUAUGGAAUGCUUGUAAUUGUACUUCAGUAUACCAUACUAACAUCUGACAAAAAUAUCUAAAAACACUGAAGCAGCGAACUUUGUGAAGACCAAUACCAAUACUACUGUCAUUCUCACAACUUUUGGCCACGACUGUAUAUGCUCUCUUGGGUAAAUAUAUUAAGCUAGCUCCAGUAUGUUAAUUGUUUUGAGUGUGAACUGUAUUACUGUAUUGUAUUAUAUGGACUGGAAUUAUGCACAUCUUUCAAACCAUGAUAAAGCAGAAGAGAACAUGCAAGUAUAGGCUAGCGAUUUUAAUUUUGAAAUAUAAUAUAUUUGUAUAAUUAGUAGGCUGACACAUACUGUAUAUACAGUACCUUUAAUAAUAUUUUCCCUAUUGUUAUUAGCCUACCUCCUCUUUCUCUCGCUAUUGUUUCAUCCCUUUCUCGCUUUCAACAGUUAAAUGAAAUACGUUUCAUUGUCCUUAUCUUCAUCAUUCUAAUGACAUCCUUGAAUAAUAUAGGCUUUCACUUGUCUUCAUGAAGAUUGAAUGGUUAUGGUUCUGAAUAAAUAACUGUUAUAGCCUACCGCCAUCGCGCGUUCGCUCUUCUUUCAAAAAAAAAGUUAUGUCCAUCGAGCUAUUCUAGUCUAGCUUUUCCUGCAUGGGACUCCAAGAGCAAAGGAACGUUUUUGAAGGAAAGGCCAGUGGAGUACAGGUGUUUGCGUAUUGCACAAGAGACAGAGGCUAUAAGUUAGAAGCUUAUUAUGCAUAACCCAUCAUUAAUUAGCUAAAUAUAAGGCUAAUACUGCAUUUAAUGUAUUAUCUGAAAGAAGUAGGCUAGGACAUCUAUAUAUAGGGUUAUAUAUCAAUCUAGAACAGGAUUAUCUAUUUUGGAUGUAAUUUGAAUGGAGUUGAUGGAGAGAGAGAAAAGACUGCGAGAGAGUUCUCGCACGUGCACUGAUUUAAAGCAACGAUAUUCGAGUGAUAGGCUGUAAAAAAUAAAAAAUAAAAAUCUUUACAAUUAAAAACAAGGUGACCCCCGAAAGCCAGAUGGAAAUGGGCUGUCUGUCUCCACCCUAAGCGAUGAUUCAUCAUGCAGUAGAGGAGCCUGAUUUAGACAUAGCAUGUAAUUUAACAGUUCGAUUUCACGCAAUGCUGUUCAUUUAAAUAAUUUAUUAUAAUUUAACGGUUUCUCUCAGUUAUUUAUCCCGGGAAAAGGGAGUGGUUUUGGGCGGUAAAUAACGGUAAUCGGGUCCCCGCCAUUCAACCCUAGAAGGCAGUGAUUAAUGAAUGAGUGCAGUUGUGCUCCCAAUGUCAGAUGGUGUUAAUGGGGAGUCGGGACAAAGGAGACUGUGUAAGAGAGUUGGGGGGUGAGGAGAGGCUGUCAGGGUGAGGGGAGCAGGAUUAUGUGUGAGAGAGUAGGGGGGAUGAGGAGGAGAGACUGGGAGCGGAGGAAGUUAAUUGAUAGUGGUGCAGUUUGCUGCAAGGUGAAUAAGUGUGAGUGUAGUGAGGAGGAGUGGGAUAACUUUGAGACAGGGACAGAGGGAAUAGGUGAGAGAGCAUACUUUGAACCUUUAUUUAAUCCAGGGAGUCCUUUCUCCCAAAGUGUGCACUUGUUCACUUCCCUUAAAAAGACCAGAUCUCAAAUCAAAUCAAAUCAAAUUUUAUUGGUCACAUGCGCCGAAUACAACAGGUGUAGACAUUACAGUGAAAUGCUUACUUACAGCCCUUAACCAACAGUGCAUUUAUUUUAAACAAAAAAGUAAGAAUAAAACAACAACAAAAAAGUGUUGAGAAAAAAAGAGCAGAAGUAAAAAAUAAAGUGACAGUAGGGAGGCUAUAUAUACAAUAGAAUAAAGUGACAGUAGGGAGGCUAUAUAUACAGGGGGGUACCGUUGCAUAGUCAAUGUGCGGGGGCACCGGCCAGUUGAGGCAGUUGAGGCAAUAUGUACAUGUGGGUAGAGUUAAAGUGACUAUGCAUAAAUACUUAACAGAGUAGCAGCAGCGUAAAAAGGAUGGGGUGGGGGGGCAGUGCAAAUAGUCCGGGUAGCCAUGAUUAGCUGUUCAGGAGUCUUAUGGCUUGGGGGUAGAAGCUGUUGAGAAGUCUUUUGGACCUAGACUUGGCACUCCGGUACCGCUUGCCGUGCGGUAGCAGAGAGAACAGUCUAUGACUAGGGUGACUGGAGUCUUUGACAAUUUUGAGGGCCUUCCUCUGACACCGCCUGGUAUAGAGGUCCUGGAUGGCAGGGAGCUUUGCCCCAGUGAUGUACUGGGCCGUACGCACUACCCUCUGUAGUGCCUUGCGGUCAGAGGCCAAGCAGUUGCCAUACCAGGCGGUGAUGCAACCAGUCAGGAUGCUCUCGAUGGUGCAGCUGUAGAAUUUUUUGAGGAUCUGAGGACCCAUGCCAAAUCUUUUUAGUCUCCUGAGGGGGAAUAGGCUUUGUCGUGCCCUCUUCACGACUGUCUUGGUGUGUUUGGACCAUGAUAGUUCGUUGGUGAUGUGGACACCAAGGAACUUGAAGCUCUCAACCUGUUCCACUACAGCCCCGUCGAUGAGAAUGGGGGCGUGCUCAGUCCUCUUUUUUUUCCUGUAGUCCACAAUCAUCUCCUUUGUCUUGGUCACGUUGAGGGAGAGGUUGUUGUCCUGGCACCACACGGCCAGAUCUCUGACCUCCUCCCUAUAGGCUGUCUCAUCGUUGUCGGUGAUCAGGCCUACCACUGUUGUGUCGUCGGCAAACUUAAUGAUGGUGUUGGAGUCGUGCCUGGCCAUGCAGUCAUGGGUGAACAGAGAGUACAGGAGGGGACUGAGCACGCACCCCUGAGGGGCCCCCGUGUUGAGGAUCAGUGUGGCAGAUGUGUUGUUACCUACCCUUACCACCUGGGGGCGGCCCGUCAGGAAGUCCAGGAUCCAGUUGCAGAGGGAGGUGUUUAGUCCCAGGAUCCUUAGCUUAGUGAUGAGCUUUGAGGGCACUAUGGUGUUGAAUGCUGAGCUGUAGUCAAUGAAUAGCAUUCUCACGUAGGUGUUCCUCUUGUCCAGGUGGGAAAGGGCAGUGUGGAGUGCGAUAGAGAUUGCAUCAUCUGUGGAUCUGUUGGGGCGGUAUGCAAAUUGGAGUGGGUCUAGGGUUUCUGGGAUUAUGCUGUUGAUGUGAGCCAUGACCAGUCUUUCAAAGCACUUCAUGGCUACAGACGUCAGUGCCACGGGUCGGUAGUCAUUUAGGCAGGUUAUCUUAGAGUUCUUGGGCACGGGGACUAUGGUGGUCUGCUUGAAACAUGUUGGUAUUACAGACUCAGUCUGGUAUAAGAAAUGUGGUGGAAACUCUGUCUAGCCCAUGAUUACACCAAUCCAAUGCUUUUGUGAGGAGUGCACAAUGCACACUUGGGGAGAAAGGACAGAUGAUUUAGAUGCAGGGAGUGUACUGUGCAGUAUGUGGGUAGGAUUCGAUGAGGGUAGUGGGAGUACUGACCAGAAGGAAUGGAGGAGACAGAAGUGCUGCUGUUGCAGUGUUCAAUUAAUGUGGAUGGCUAAAGGGGAUACCUUGCAAUCGCAGUGCGCAGGAGCUUCUUGUCUUUAAAGUACCAUGAGUAGGGCAUGGGUGUUUUUCCCAAUUACAUGGCCUUUACAAAAUGAGGCAAGCGCAAACACAGCUGGUCAGAAAAAACUCCUGGCCCUAACUAUGAGAGCAACAUACUCCCAUGAGGAAAGCUAGUAAGUGGUUAGGUUUAGGCAUGCUAGUGAUUGGUUAACAUAACGGUUGGGGUAAGAAGAGAAUGGAGGCACCGCUACCAGAACCACUAAUGAAUAUGAACCUCCCUUCGCCCUCUGGUCCUUGCCUCCUCCAUCCCUUCCACUGCAGACUGAUGGUUGAUUGAUCCGAGCCCAGGAUCGAUGCUUUAACAACUGCAGAGUCGACGCUAGUCAAUGGCAGCCCAGCCUCUCCCUCCCUAGCUCCUGAGAACAGGGCUGCGUCCCAAAAGGCACCCUAUUCCCUAUAUAUAUACAGUGCAUUCGGAAAGUGUACAGACCCCUUGACUUUUUCCACAUUUUGUUUAAUGUUACAGCCUUAUUCUAAAAUAGAUUAAAUUUUUUAAAAUCCUCAUCAAUCUACACACAAUAACCCAAAAUGACAAAGCGAAAACUGUUUUUUAGAAAAUUGUGCAAAUUGAUUAAAAAAAUAAAAACAGAAAUACCUUAUUUACAUAAGUAUUCAGACACUUUGCUAUGAGACUUGAAAUUGAGCUCAGGUGCAUCCUGUUUCCAUUGAUCAUCCUUGAGAUGUUUCUACAACUUGAUUGGAGUCCAAUUGUGGUAAAUUCAAUUGAUUGGACAUGAUUUGGUAAGGCGCACACUAUAUAAGAUCUGGGGAAGGGUACCAAAACAUUUCUGCAGCAUUGAAGAUCCCCAAGAACACAGUGGCCUCCAUCAUUAUUAAAUGGAAGAAGUUUGGAACCACUAAGACACUUCCUAGAGCUGGCCGCCCGGCCAAACUGAGCAAUCAGGGGAGAAGGGCCUUGGUAAGGGAGGUGACCAAGAACCCAUCAUGCUGUGGGGAUGUUUUUCAGCGGCAGGGACUGGGAGACUAGUCAGGAUUGAGGGAAAGAUGAACGGAGCAAAGAACAGAGAGAUCCUUGAUGAAAACCUGCUCCAGCGCGCUCAGGACCUCAGACUGGGGCAAAGUUCACCUUCCAACAGGACAACGACUCUAAGCACACAGCCAAGACAACGCAGGAAUGGCUUCGGGACAAGUCUCGGAAAGUCCUGGAGUGGCCCAGCCAGAGCCCGGACUUGAACCCAAUCUAACAUCUCUGGAGGGACCUGGAAAUAGCUGUGCAGCAUUGCUCCCCAUCCAACCUAACAGAGCUUGAGAGGAUCUGCAGAGAAGAAUGGGAGAAACUCCCCAAAUACAGGUGUGCCAAGCUUGUAGCGUCAUACCCAAAAUACUAGAGGCUGUAAUCACUGCCAAAGGUGCUUCAACAAAGUACUGAGUAAAGGGUCUGAAUACUUAUGUAAAUGUGAUAUUUCAGUAAUGUAUUAGUUUUUUUGCAAACAUUUAAAAAAAACUGUUUUUGUUUUGUCAUUGUGGGGUAUUGUGUGUACAUUGAUGAGUGGGAAAAUCUAUUUAAUCAAUUUUAGAAUAAGGCUGUAAUGUAACAAAAUGUGGAAAAAGUCAAGGGGUCUGAAUACUUUCCGAAUGCACUGUAUAUAUAGUGCACUACUUUUCACCAGGGUACAGGCUCUGGUCGAAAAAUAGUGCACUAUAUAGGGAAUUGGGUGCCAUUUGGGACGGAGGCUUCCUGAAAGGUCACACUCCGCUAUUCUGAGGAGAUAAAAGCACUUGGCAUCCCAGUACUGCUUCUCAGUCCUAAUUACCAAUGGCUUUCCGAUGGAUAUGGCUUUCUAAUGCUGGCUGUUUUUUGGGGGAGUGGUGUGACUGGAUACAUCCCGACAGUGCUCCAAGAGGAUAUGUUGGAGUGUCAAUCCCAAUUCCAGUUACAGUGUCUUGCAAAAGUAUUCAUCCCCCUUGGCGUUUUUCAUAUUUUGUUGCAUUACAACCUGUAAUUUAAAUGGAUUUUAUUUGGAUUUCAUGUAAUGGACAUGCACAAAAUAGUCCAAAUUGGUGAAGUGAAAUAAAAUAAAAUACUUGUUUCAAAAAAUUAUAAAAAAUAAAUAUCGGAAAAGUGGUGCGUGCGUAUGUAUUCACCCCCUUUGGUAGGAAGUAAUCCUAAAUAAGAUCUGGUGCAACCAAUUACCUUCAUAAGUCACAUAAUUAGUUAUAUAAAGUCUACUUGUGUGCAAUCUAAGUGUCACAUGAUCUGUCACAUGAUCUCAGUAUAUAUACACACCUGUUCUAAAAGGCCCCAGAGUCUGCAACACCACUAAGCAAGGGGCACCACCAAGCAAGCGGCACCAUGAAGACCUAGAAGCUCUCCAAACAGGUCAGGGACAAAGUUGUGGACAAGCACAGAUCAGGGUUGGGUUAUAAAAUAAUAUCAGAAACUUUGAACAUCCCACGGAGCACCAUUAAAUCCAUUAUUUAAAAAAUGGAAUGAAUAUGACACCACAACAAACCUGCCAAGAGAAGGCUGCCCACCAAAACUCACGGACCAGGCAAGAAAGGCAUUAUUCAGAGGCAACAAAGAGACCAAAGAUAACCCUGAAGGAGCUGCAAAGCUCCACAGCGUAGAUUGGAGUAUCUGUCCAUAGGACCACUUUAAGCCGUACACUCCACAGAGCUGGGCUUUACGGAAGAGUGGCCAGAAAAAAGCCAUUGCUUAAAGAAAACGUUUGAUGUUUGCUAAACCCAUGUGGGAGACUCCCCAAACAAAUGGAAGAAGGUACUCUGGUACCUCUCGAGACUAAAAUUGAGCUUUUUGGCCAUCAAGGAAAACGCUAUGUCUGGUGCAAACCCAACACCUCACAUCACCCCGAGAACACCAUCCCCACAGUGAAGCAUGGUGGUGGCAGCAUCAUGCUGUGUGGAUGUUUUUCAUCGGCAGGGACUGGGAAACUGGUCAGAAGUGAAGGAAUGAUGGAUGGCGCUAAAUACAGGGAAAUUAUUGAGGGAAACCUGUUUCAGUCUUCCAGAGAUUUGAGACUGGGACGGAGGUUCACCUUCCAGAAGGACAAUGACCCUAAGCCCACUGCUAAAGCAACACUCGAGUGGUUUACCCAGUCAAAACUGUUCGCUGCUCUGGCACCCCAAUGGUGGAACCGACGCCAGGACAGCGGAGUCACUCACCACCUUCCGGAGACAUUUGAAACCCCACCUCUUUAAGGAAUACCUGGGAUAGGAUAAAGUAAUCCUUCUACCCCCCCCCCCCCCCCCCCCCCCCCCCCCCCCAAAAAAUAAAAAUAAAAUAAAAACAUUGUAAAGUGGUUAUCCCACUGGCUAUAAGGUGAAUGCACCAAUUUGUAAGUCACUCUGGAUAAGAGCGUCUGCUAAAUGACGUAAAUGUAAAUGUAAAAAUGUAAAUGUUUAAGGGGAAACAUUUAAAUGUCUUGGAAUGGCCUAGUCAAAGCCCAGACCUCAAUCCAAUUGAGAAUCUGUGGUAUGACUUAAAGAUUGCUGUACACCAGCGAAACCCAUCCAACUUGAAGGAACUGGAGCAGUUUUGCCUUGAAGAAUGGGCAGAAAUCCCAGUGGCUAGAUGUGCCAAGCUUAUAGAGACAUACCCCAAGAGACUUGCAGCUGUAAUUGCAGCAAAAGGUGGCUCUACAAAGUAUUGACUUUGGGGGGGGGGGUGAAUGGUUAUGCACGCUCAAGUUUUCUGUUUUAUUGUCUUAUUUCUUGUUUGUUUCACAAGAAAAAAUAUUUUGCAUCUUCAAAGUGGUAGUUAUGUUGUGUAAAUCAAAUGAUACAAACCCCCCAAAGAAUCCAUUUUAAUUCCAGGUUGUAAAGCAACAAAAUUGGAAAAAUGCCAAGGGGGGUGAAUACUUUCACAAGCCACUGUAUAGCAUCAAAAGUGGUCGAAUAGAUUUCCGGUGUUUUGUUGAGACAUUAAAAAAGAGAGGUCUAUCUGAUUUAAUCAGAGUGGAUUCUACAUUGAUUUUACAUGAGCCUGCCAUCUAAAGCUGUGUGUGCGUGCGUGCGUUCAUGUAUGCGUGCGUUUGUCAGUCUUGCACUAACGCUGUGAUAGAUGAGGAUUUGAUUAUGUAUGUGUGUGUGCGUGUGUGUGUCCAUAUCCGUGUGUGCGUUUGUGUGUAGCUCUGAUCCAUCUGACGCUCCCUACCCAGCUCUUCUCUUCCUCAGGCCAGUGAUGUGCCAUCACUUAUCUGUCCUCCCCCACAUUCUAUUUAUAAACGCACAGCUUACCUCAGAGACUUCAGGAAAGAAGCAAUGCAUCUAUAAUUAAACUGAAGCUCUCUCUAUCUUUUUCUCUCACACACCAUCUCGAUCCAUCCUGUCUUCUCUUUAUACAAUACCUCUUCAUAUGUAUUUACAUGUGUUUUUUGUCUGUCUAGGAUACAUCUCUCUCUCUGUGCUGUGUAGCACUGUAUCCUUUCACAUCCUUCUGAAGAUCUCUCUGUAGCUCAUUCAACCAUUUUGUGCCUUUCUCACCCGCCUAUUUUAACCUUUUUCUCUUUAAUUUUGUAUCUCUCUCGCUCCCCUUUCUUUGUAUUCCCCUCUCUUUCUCUAUGUGUAACUCUAUUGCUGUGAGUGGGCUCUUCCCUGAGCCUCAGUGUUUCUGUAGAGAUACCAUGCAUGGUUGUGUAAUAGUCACUCCCUACCAUAGAGAUCUGGUAUACAGUGCAAUUGGAAAGUAUUCAGACCCCUUUACUUUUCCCACAUUUUGUUACGUUACAGCCUUAUUCUAAAAUUGAUUAAAUUGUUUUUUUCCCCACUCAUCAAUCUACACACAAUACCCCAUAAUGAUUAAGCAAAAACAAUUUUUUGCAAAUGUAUAAAUAAAUAACUGAAAUAUCACAUUUACAUAAGUAUUCAGACCCUUUACUCAGUACUUUGUUGAAGCACCUUAGGCAGCGAUUACAGCCUCGAGUCUUCUUGGGUAUGACGCUACAAGCUUGGCACACCUGUGUUUGGGGAGUUUCUCCCAUUCUUCUCUGCAGAUCCUCUCAAGCUCUGUCAGGUUGGAUGGGGAUCGUUGCUGCACAGCUAUUUUCAGGUCUCUCCAGAGAUGUUCGAUCGGGUUGAAGUCCGGGCUCUGGCUGGGCCACUCAAGGACAUUCAGAGACUUGUCCCGAAGCCACUCCUGCAUUGUCUUGGCUGUGUGCUUAGGGUCGUUGUCCUGUUGGAAGGUGAACCUUCACCCCAGUCUGAGGUCCUGAGCGCUCUGGAGCAGGUUUUCAUCAAGGAUCUCUCUGUACUUUGCUCCAUUCAUCUUUCCUUCGAUCCUGACUAGUCUCCCAGUCCCUGCCGCUGAUAGAAUCUCCACAGCAUGAUGCACUGUCGGGAUGGUGCCAGGUUUCCUCCAGAUGUGACGCUUGGCAUUCAGGCCAAAGAGUUCAAUCUUGGUUUCAUCAGACCAGAGAAUCUUGUUUCUCAUGGUCUGAGAGUCCUUUAGGUGCCUUUUGGCAAACUCCAAACGGGCUGUCAUGUGCCUUUUUACUGAGUGGCUUCCGUCUGGCCACUCUACCAUAAAGGCCAGAUUGGUGGAGUGCUGCAGAGAUGGUUGUCCUUCUGGAAGGUUCUCCCAUCUCCACAGAGGAACUCUGGAGCUCUGUCAGAGUGACCAUCGGGUUCUUGGCCACCUCCCUGACCAAGGCCCUUCUCCCCCGAUUGCUCAGUUUGGCCGGGUGGACAGCUAUAGGAAGAGUCUUGGUUGUUCCAAACUUCUUCCAUUUAAGAAUGAUGGAGGCCAGUGUGUUCUUGGUGAUCUUCAAUGCUGCAGAAAUGUUUUGUGCCUCGACACAAUCCUGUCUCUGAGCUCUACGGACAAUUCGUUCCACCUCAUGGCUUGCUUUUUCUCUGACAUGCACUGUCAACUGUGGGAGCUUAUAUAGACAGGUGUGUACCUUUCCAAAUCAUGUUCAAUUAAUUGAAUUUACCACAGGUGGACUCCAAUCAAGUUGUAGAAACAUCUCAAGGAUGAUCAAUGGAAACAGGAUGCACCUGAGCUCAAUUUCGAGUCUCAUAGCAAAGGGUCUGAAUACUCAUGUAAAUAAGGUAUUUCUGUUUUUGGUUUGUGAUUAUGGGGUAUUGUGUGUAGAUUGAUGAGGAAAACAUUUUAUUUAAUACAUUUUAGAAUAAGGCUGGAACGUAACAAAAUGUGGAAAAAGUCAAGGGGUCUGAAUACUUUCCGAAUGCACUAUAUACAGUUUAUAUAUGUACUGUAUCUCUAAGCUCUCUAUUCUUCAUCCAUUAGACACCAGGGAUAUCCAUUUUUCAAGACCUUUGCAAUCCGCCCUGGCAUACUGUCAAUUAACUUCUGUCCCACAUCCUGACUGAUGGCAGCCCAUUCUUGCAUAAUCAAUCCUUGGAGUUUGUGGGUUUUUGUUUGUCCACCCGCCUCUUGAGGAUCAACCUCAAGUUCAAAAUGGGAUUAAGGUCUGUGGAGUUUCCUGGCCAUGGACCCAAAAUGUCGAUGUUUUGUUCCCCGAGCCACUUAGUUAUCACUUUUGCCUUAUGGCAAGGUGCUCCAUCAUGCUGGAAAAGGCAUUGGUCGUCACCAAACUGUUCUUGGAUGGUUGGGAGAAGUUGCUCUCGAAGGAUGUGUUGGUACCAUUCAUUAUUCAUGGCUGUGUUCUUAGGCAAACAUGUGAGUGAGCCCACUCCCUUGGCUGAGAAGCAACCCCACACAUGAAUGGUCUCAGGAUGCUUUACUGUUGGCAUGACACAGGACUAAUGGUAGCGCUCACCUUGUCUUCUCCGGAAAGGGGAUUCAUCAGAGAAAAUGACUUUACCCCAGUCCUCAGCAGUCCAAUCCCUGUACCUUUUGCAGAAUAUCAGUCUAUCCCUGAUGUUUUUUCCUGGAGAGAAGUAACUUCUUUGCUGCCCUUCUUGACACCAGGCCAUCUUCCAAAAGUCUUCGCCUCACUGUGCGUGCAGAUGCACUCACACCUGCCUAAUGCCAUUCCUGAGCAAGCUCUGCACUGGUGGUGCCCUGAUUCCGCAGCUGAAUCAACUUUAGGAGACGGUCCUGGUGCUUGCUGGACUUUCUUGGGUGCCCUGACGCCUUCUUCACAAGAAUUGAACCUCUCUCCUUGAAGUUCUUGAUGAUCCGAUAAAUUGUUGAUUUAGGUGCAAUCUUACUAGCAGCAAUAUCCUUGCCUGUGAAGCCAUUUUUGUGCAAAGCAAUGAUGACGGCACGUCUUUCCUUGCAGUUAACCAUGGUUAACAGAGGAAGAACAAUGAUUUCAAGCACCACCCUCCUUUUAAAGCUUCCAGUCUGUUAUUCUAACUCAAUCAGCAUGACAGAGUGAUCUCCAGCCUUGUCCUCGUCAACACUCUCACCUGUGUUAACGAGAAAAUCACUGACAUGAUGGCAGCUGGUCCUUUUGUGGCAGGGCUGAAAUGCAGUGGAAAUGUUUUGGGGGGAUUAAGUUCAUUUUCAUGGCAAAGAGGGACUUUGCAAUGAAUCUGAUCACUCUUCAUGACAUUCUGGAGUAUAUGCAAAUUGCCAUCAUCAAAACUGAGGCAGCAGACUUUGUGAAAAUGUGUAUUUGUGUCAUUCUCAACUUUGGACCACGACUGUAUGCUCGAGAAUAAAUGUAAUGGAUCUUAAAACAACUUUGUUGACUGGUUUAAAUUAAAAUAUACAUUUGGUUUGUAUUGUGGAGCAUGUAAGAAUACCUGUGUGCUGGAGAUUCCCAUUCAAAAUCCGAUUUUACCUAACCCUAAUCCUAACCCUUAGCCCCUACCAUAGUUACAACCCUUUCCUGCAGUCAAAUGACCAAAUCACCCUCAUGGGUGGAAUGUUAUUAAUAUUUUUCCUAAUUUUAUCAUUAAUAAAUAUUAUUUAUAAAAACCUGCCGAAAAUCCGGUGCUUUUAUGUCAAACGGUUUUGUUAUAUUUCAGUCUUCUGUGAUGUAUGUAAAGGUAAUAUUGUGACACAAACUCAAAAUGUAAUACAUUUCAACUCUAUAUCUUACAUGGUACAGGUGUCUUCUGUGAGGUGUAUUCAAAGUAGAUUUUUUAAAGACUACCAAGAAACACUCUGUGACCCUGAUUUAGCCCACUGCAGUAAAAGGUUAAACCUAACCCUAAUUCUAACCAUAACCCUAACCUUAACCCUAAAAUACCCUUUUUACAAGUGAGGACCUGCAAAGUGUCCUCACAAGUAUAGUAAAACAUGUGCACACACACACACUGUCAAACUGCCAAAAUAAUUUUGGGGACAAAGAAUCAAGUAAUGUGACUUACACUGAUGGGAAGAAUGCUUUUGAUCUGUUGAGCCAAGAUUGUGUGAUUAACAGAUAAUAAUUUCUCUCUCUCUCUCUCUCUCUCCUCAGCCCUGAUAUUGCUUUUCUACCUGGUCUUCUAUGGCUUCCUGGCGGGGAUGUUCACGCUCACUAUGUGGGUCAUGCUGCAGACCCUGGACGACAACAUUCCUACGUACCGCGACCGAGUGGCCAGUCCAGGUGACUUAUUACGCUGCAGCGAAACAGACACUCAACCUAAACAGAACAGUGCUCAAAUUGAACUUCACCCAUUCACUUACUCUUUCUUUCUCUCUCGCUCUUUCUCUCUCUCUCUCUCUCUCUCUCUCUCUCUCUCUCUCUCUCUCUCUCUCUCUCUCUCUCUCUCUCUCUCUCUCUCUCUCUCUCUCUCUCUCUCUCUCUCUCUCUCUCUCUCUCUCUCGCUGUCUUCCUUUCUGUUGCUCUCUCCCUCUCUCUCUCUCACACACUCACGAACACACACACACACACACACACACAUACAAUACGAAUAUGUCCACCCUCUCUCAAACAUGUCAUUAUUUCUAACGGACAUUGUCGUUUAUUUUCUUGACACUGCUGCAGAAUGGGAGCCUGCUGGUUGGCUGGUGAGCUCACUCACUAACGCCAGAGCUGUCUCUGCUAGUGCCUGGCCUGCACAGUGUCUCGGACUCUGCUGCCAUGUCCCACUGAAGCCCUUACUGGUGGAGCUGGCUGCCACUGCCAAAACACGCAAGCACUCAGGGAAUUAACAGAUCAGUCAAACACUGACUGACCGAUAUUGUCAUUUUACAAAUGAAAAACGACCUACCGAGUCUCAGAACCCGUUAAUUAAUACUGUGUCAGUGUAAAAAAGAGACGCGUUAGAAAUGUGAUCCUGUGAAUUAUGGAGCAGAGUUGUGUGUGUGUGUGUAGGAGUGAGAGAGUCUGUCUCUCAGGCUGUGCAGGCAUCCUCCUGCUGGUCCACCAGUACAGCACCCAUCUGGUCUGUCCCCACAGCUCCUCUCCAUCUCCAUGGCCCUGACAGAGAGGCCAUCAUGAAAACUAACUCCCCUCCUUUACAAUUACAAAUCCUAAUACUGUAUAUAAUAAUAAUAAUAAUAAUAAUAAUAAUAAUAAUAAUAAUAAUAACAUAUGCCAUUUAGCAGGAAUCGAACCCACGGUAUUGACGUUGCAGGCACCAUGCUCUACCAAUUGAGCCAUACUGCACAUUUAUGACCUCCGCCACCUGCAGCCAACCUUCUCGAAUGGGAUUCUAUCUUUUGACUCUUCCUGCUCUUGUAAAAUGUGCUGUAUGCUAAGUUUCUAAGGCGGUGUAGCAGAACCUGCAGAGUUGCCGCUAAAAUGCAAACCUUCUGACUAGCUGCUUUUUGGGGUUCGGCAAAAAAUGUGUAGAAUGCAGGUAUAGUAUAGCAAGCUUCUCUCUUUCUCUCGCUCUUCCACACACACACACACUCUCAUGACAAUUUAUUCCACCCACAGUCUCCUGUCAUCCUCUCUCCUCUUCUCUCACUCUGUGUCCUCUCCCAUUGGCCCCUCUUUUGGAGUCCUUCCAUGGUGUCGUCUGUCACCGCACGCACUUUCUAAUGGAGUCCUGGGUGUUGACGCCUUGAGGUCACAACUAAGACGUACUCAUCUGAAUCAGCCACUAGUCAAAUUCCAUCGUAGCGUCCUGAUAAUAAGGCUUCCUCGACCUCGCAGUUUGCAGACGGCUUGGCUGAGUCCCAAAUGGCACCCUUUUCCUACAUAAUGGAGUACUUUUGACCAAGGCCCAUAGGGCUCUGGUCAUGAGUAGUGCACUAUAUAGGGAAUAGGGUGCCAUUUGGGACGCAGCCCAUUUUGACGGUCGGUCACAGCUGACCCUCUUUGCCAGCAGGGUUUCAUCUGGCGAGUGUUAAUAACAUUGGCUGUUGUGAAAACUUGUCUUAGCUAUUAAAGUCUCUCCGCAACCCAUUUGAACAACAGAUACAGUAUUACAAUAUAUGGCUGUCAGGCAAUACAUGUGGUUGAUUGUAGUAUAAGAUUUUGAUAACAAUAAUAUGAUUAUUAGUGUGACCGACUGGAUUUGAACUGGGGUGAUCUGCGUGCCACCAUAAUUGAGUUAGUCUGCUGAGCUAAAGUCCAGGCAUCAGCUUGGGGAGCUAAUACAAAUCUUCAGGUCUCAGGUAGGGCUGUGGCGGUUCAUGAUAUUUUGUCAGCCGGUGAUUGUCAAGCAAAUAACUGCCUGUCUCACGGUAAUUGACCGUUAAUUAACAUAAACACAUUUAGCAUCUCCUAGCUUCCACACAUAGCCUACAAGACACUGAUGCAGACCUUUCAGAACAUCUACAUUUUAAAAAGUCUAAUAAAUCCAUGUAAUAUAGCCUACACCAUCACAAUAAAUCUAUUUAUUUUAGACAUGUCUAAAGAAACAUGAUAUGAAGAAAAUGAAGUCUAUUUCAGAACAUCAGAAUAGCUUACAAUGAGUUGUAUUUAUGUUAGGCCCUGAACUGGCUAUGCCAUAUGGCUGUGGGCUACACUAGUUAAUUUAGCAGACAAGAUUUGCUUAGAAUUCCGUGACAUUAUUUUAUAUUAUUUUAUAGUAUGAAGAAUACAAUUGAACAUUAAUAAAAUAGAAAGGAUAUUUUCACCAAACGAUUUGAGGGAGUGCGCACAUGCAGCUAUUCUAUGUUGAGCGGUUAACAAAGAAACAGUUCCUCCUUAUUUAUGUAACUUUAGUUGUGAUACAAACGUUGGGCAAAAUGUUUCAAUUCAAGGCUGCAUGAUGUGACUCUAAUGAUGAUUUGAAAAAAGUUGCAUGAAAGGCAUGAGCUCUGCUUUGUUUUUUGCACAGGCUCCACACACUUCAUCAGUCUCUCAUUCACAAUUUGACAAGCACUUGAUAAUGCCUCGAAUUUCCAGGCAGCAUCCCCUUUGUGUGGCCUUAAUGCCCCCUAAAAAAAUCCAUGCCUUUAGCAGCCAGUGGCCAUUGUGCCCUUCGGCUGAAUAUACUAAUAAUAAUUUCCUUCUCCCAGCUGCAUGCUCCAAAGCACCUCUCACUCACAUGGCUCUCUCAGAUAGCUAAAUUCUUAUUAUCCAAUGCCGUCACAUGAAUGGGUCUUUCUCACAGUCUACAAGUGAAGACAGACACAUCGGGGACGCAACUGCGCAUGUUGAAGUUAUUUGAAGAACUGUUCACAUUUAAUUUUUGUCAGCCAACAAGAUGAGUAUGCCUAACGAACACCAAAAGCACUAGCCUAUGUCAAUGUACUAUCCCCCAUAGUACGAAAGUUGAACUAUUCUAUUCUGUGCGAGAAAUAAAUAUUCCAAACAUAGUCUGGGAUAGUUGUGGGAUGCGAUAGAUCCCAAAUUAAUACAACCACUAGCAUUUAAAAAAAAAACUUUUUGAAACAAUGAGGCUGACGCAACAUAUCAGAACGCUUCGCUUAAAAGGUUGAUAAACUAUUAGGCUAUUUCUUCACAUUAUAAGUACAGCAAUGCGCACACGUCAGUAGGCUAUGAGUGCAAAUAUUCCAAAAUGCAAUCAAUUAGUGGGAAAACACCAUUCUCAAAAGUGACCGCAAAUGCAAUUAUGCAUCUAUGGUUUUAUUAUAGAAUGUAUGCCAGUUAGGCUCUACACCCAUUGUAAAGCGGAUUAAUGUGCUUAAUUUUAAGAAGUUAUUUGGCCACUUUAGUUGUGAUACAAACCUUAUCAAAACAUAUAGGCCUAUGGGCUAGGCUACAUGAGGUGUGUGACUACGAUUUGAAAAAGUUGCAAAAAAAAGGCAUGCUCUGUUUCUGGCCUUACUGCACACAAGCUGGGCAUUAUUCACAAGUGAUAAUAUAUCAUUCACCAGUGAUAGGCUAAUAUUGUGACCCAUCAGACUAUUCUUGAUCUAAUCUUGUCUUUACAAAUGUUUUAGAACACCUACUCAUUCAAGAGUGUGCAAAGCUUUCAUCAAGGCAAAGGGUGGCUAUUUGAAGAAUCUCAAAUAUAAAAUAUAUUUUGAUUUGUUAAACACUUUUUUGGUUACUACAUGAUUCCAUAUGUGUUAUUUCAUAGUUUUGAUGUCUUCAUUAUUAUUCUACAAUGUAGAAAAUAGUAAAAAUAAAGAAAAACCCUUGAAUGAGUAGGUGUUCUAAAACUUUUGACCGGUAGUGUAUGCUCCCUGCCUUUCGAAAGUAUUUGAAAGCCAAGUUAACAAACAGAUCACCGACCAUUUCUAAUCCCACCGUACCUUCUCCGCUAUGCAAUCUGGUUACCGAGCUGGUCAUGGGUGCACCUCAGCCACGCUCAAGGUCCUAAACGAUAUUAUAACCGCGAUCGAUAAUAGACAGUACUGUGCAGCCGUCUUCAUCGACCUGGCCAAGGCUUUCGACUCUGUCAAUCACCGCAUUCAUAUUGGCAGACUAAAUAGCCUUGGUUUUUCAAAUGACUGCUUGGCCUGGUUCACCAACUACUUCUCAGAUAGAGUUCAAUGUGUCAAAUCGGAGGGCCUGUUGUCUGGACCUCUGGCAGUCUCUAUGGGGGUGCCACAGGGUUCAAUUCUCGGGCUGACUCUAUUCUCUGUGUAUAUCAAUGAUGUCGCUCUUGCUGCUGGUGACUCUCAGAUCCAGCUCUACGCAGACGACACCAUUUUGUAUACAUCUGGCCCUUCAUUGGACACUGUGUUAACAAACCUCCAAACGAGCUUCAAUGCCAUACAACACUCCUUCCGUAGCCUCCAACUGAUCUUAAACGCUAGUAAAACUAAAUGCAUGCUCUUCAAUCGAACGCUGCUUGCACCCGCCUGCCCGACUAGAAUCACUACUCUUGGCCGGUCUGACUUAGAAUAUGUGGACAACUACAAAUACCUAGGUGUCUGGUUAGACCGUAAACUCUCCUUCCAGACUCACAUUAAGCAUCUCCAAUCCAAAGUUAAAUCUAGAAUCGGCUUCCAAUUUCGCAACAAAGCCUCCUUCACUCAUGCUGCCAAACAUGCCCUCGUAAAACUGACUAUCCUACUGAUCCUUGACUUCGGCAAUGUCAUUUACAAAAUAGCCUCCAACACUCUUCUCAGCAAAUUGGAUGUAGUCUAUCACAGUGCCAUCCGUUUUAUCACCAAAGCCCCAUAUACUACCCACCAUUGUGACCUGUACGCUCUCGUUGGCUGGCCCUCACUACAUAUUCGUCGCCAAACCCACUGGCUCCAGGUCAUCUAUAAAUCACUGCUAGUCAAAUCCCCGCCUUAUCUUAGCUCAUUGGUCACCAUAGCAACACCCACCCAUAGUAUGCGCUCCAGCAGGUAUUUCUCACUGGUCAUCCCCAAAGCCAAGACCUCCUUUGGCCGCCAUUCCUUCCAGUUCUCUGCUGCCAAUGACUGGAACGAACUGCAAAAAUCUCUGAAGCUGGAGACUCUUAUCUCCCUUACUAACUUUAAGCAUCAGUUGUCAGAGCAGCUUACCGAUCACUGCACCUGUACACAGCCCAUCUGUAAUUAGCCCACCCAACUACCUCAUCCCCAUAUUGUUAUUUAUUUUGCUCAUUUGCACCCCAGUAUCUCUAAUUGCACAUCAUCUUCUGCACAUCUAUCACUCCAGUGUUAAUACUAAAUUGUAAUUAUUUUGCACUAUGGCCUAUUUAUUGCCUUACCUCCAUAACUUACUACAUUUACACACACUGUAUAUAGAUUUUCUAUUGUGUUAUUGACUGUACGUUUUGUUUAUCCCAUGUGUAACUCUGUGUUGUUGUUGUUUUUAUCGCACUGCUUUGCUUUAUCUUGGCCAGGUCGCAGUUGUAAAUGAGAACUUGUUCUCAACUGGCUUACCUGGUUAAAUAAAGGUGAAAUAAAUAAAUAAAUACAAAUAAUAUAUGUGUGAAAUUAGUUUGGAUUUAGAAUGGACCAUUCUCAUGCACCUGUCUCAACUGGUCAUCUAUGCACUUAAAUAGCGAAUGGAGGACGCUUUUCCCGUGGUUCAAUUUCAUGCCAGACAGGUAGGCUAUACUCCUUGUGAUGGGUGAUUUUGAAGGAGUCAGGCGCAGGAGGGUAAAUCACAGAAUACAGAGUUUAUUCCAGAAUACAGAGUUACGCAGAAAUGCAUCAAACAGUCCAGUGUGCAAAACAGGCGCCCUGGAACCAAACAGGCACACGGGGAAAAAUAUACCCCGGCAAUACAAAAUACACAGAGCUCAACCGAGCUACACUCUCCUCACAAUAAAAAAUCACCCACGAGGACAAGGGGGCAGAGGGAACACUUAUACACGUACUAAUGAGGGGAUAUGAACCAGGUGUGUGUAAUAGACAAGACAAAACAAAUGGAACGAUGAGAUGAGGAGCGGCAGUGGCUAGAAGGCCGGUGACGAACGCCGAAGCUUGCCUGAACCAGGAGAGGUGGCAGCUUCGGAGGAAGUCGUGACACUCCUGUUGUAAAGAGAAGCAAUUUGCUUAAUAUUAGGAAAGUUGAGAAAUAAAUAUAGUAGGCCUAGCCUAUAGAAAUCUGAUGGGAUCUUCCUCUUUUUAAUUGAGGCCAUCACUCUGUUUUCUCACGCAAUUGCAUAGCCUAUGGAUAUGGUGUGCAACAUGAGAUCAUGGGCUCUCAUGAAGUGUUUGAUUAGAUUUUCGAUUAGAUUUGCAUUGAUGUCAGAGUGCUAAGUACAAGGCAGUUAGCAAGUUUGGUAGACUACUAAUGACCAUCAGCAGCAUCAGAUUGGAGAAGCCUAAUUACCAUGACUAAACGGUCACGUGGAAUUUGACUACCGACAUGACUCGUGACCACCUGUGUGGCAGUAAAACGGUCACUGUAACAGCCCUCAGGCAAGGAUACUCGUCACGUGAGCACGGUUCACUGGACCAUCUCCAUAACAUAAGUAGGUGCAGACAGUUGACGUGACAUGUUUCCCCCUACCUGUCCUCAGGUUUGGUGAUCAGGCCCCGGUCCUUGGACAUCGUCUUCAACCGCACCGACCCAAACAAGUACGGCCAGUAUGUCCAGCAUCUGGAGAACUUCCUUCAGAGUGAGUGAUAGAACCCCUCUUUCAGUCCCAUUUAGUUUUUUCUAAAAAAUGUGUACAUAUGACUUCUAUGGCGAAAUACAGUUUUAGUGUUGGGUCACCAUGGUAAAGGAAAUUAGAGUUUAAGUAGUUGCAGUUGAUUACACUUUGUAUACAGUACAUGACUAAGGAGAGUAUUCUACCUGGCUUGAAAGGGCACUGUAAUCCUUGGCAGUGGCGCUGGAAUAUGCGUAUGCAUACUAUCUACGUUUUAUAUUCAACACAAAACUGGCUAACUGAUUAUGUAAUAUGUAUUCCAAAGAAACAAACAAGUAAUGAAUACGUUACUGUGACAUAAUUAUUAGCUACAAUUUUGACAUGUAAUAUUUAGGUGAAUACUGUCUGUACCAGGUAAAUAGCAGGCUGUCAAAUACAGUGGAACUUGAGUCUGUGCCCUAUGUUGGGUCCCCUCAGAAUACAACGACAUUGUGCAGGAGAAGAACGAACUGUGUAUGGUGGGAGAGUACUAUGAGCAGGAUGAUCAGGAGGAGAAGAAGGUGUGUCAGUUCAAGCGCAGUCUGCUCCGGCAGUGCUCCGGCCUGUCUGACACCACCUUUGGCUACGCCGAGGGCGAACCCUGCGUCCUCGUCAAGAUGAACAGGGUGAGUGCCCCGACUAGGGAUCGUCGGUUCUGCUCUUCUUAGAACUAAUAAGACAGCGUUAGCCCAUUGAACUAAAGCCUAAAGACUGGAGCUUAAAACCUUAAAGCCUAAGUAAGCCAUUAUCUCUGGGAGCUAUCACAAGUCUUCAGGUCUCAGGCAAGGUCACUCAUCACACAAGCGUGGUUCAUUGAACUACCUCCCCUACACGAGUACCUCCUUAUCUUAGAUCCAUUGCCUUUGCACUACAGAUUUUCAGUGUAUCCUCUCUGUCUUCAUGCAGAAGCAUUCAUAUUGAAAAAUGCUUAUUCUGUGUCCUUUCCACUGUACUUGUUUCUUAAUCACUAUUUGCAAUAUCCUCUGUGCUGACAGGGCAUUCUGUGUCAGCAUCUCUGUUUGCAGGGAUAGAGGUCAGAGUGCAUUGAUUGGCCUCUGUGUAGCCUGAUUGGUAUUCAAUUCAAUUCAAUCCAACUUAACUAUCCUAUCAGGGGCAAUUAAGAAGAUUCUUAGGCAUCUCUGAGACAGCUAUGUUUGUGACAGUACAAGUCCCUGGCCCUUCAAUAAGCAGGCAGCACACAUGUGCCCGAUCUACUGACUGGUCCCUAUACGGCCAGCUCAAACCAAAUCACCUCCUUGUGUCACUAACUGAGCUACUUCUCAACAUCUUUUAACUCAAAUCAGUGCUUCCAUUUUUUGGACCAUUCUGAAAGCUGCUGUGUCUUGAUCAUUUUUACAUAUAAACAAGCUUGAGGAAUGGGUAAGAAACACCAGAAAGAACUGUUGAACUCACAAAAGGUUGCUAUAAUAGUCUUUAUGAUAUUCUUCUCACUCCUGUAGAUCAUUGGACUGAAACCGCGCGGGGACCCCUACAUUAACUGCACUGCUAAGGUAAAGCAAAGAAACUGUUUUUAUUUUGGGUGUAACAAUGAAUUGUGUGUGUGUUUGUAUGCUCCGGGUUAUGUUUUUGUGUGCUAGGACUUUUAGAGACAGGUUUUGUACUCCCUAUCAUGUCUAUAUUUGUGUGUGUGCGUGCAUUAUGUAGGUAUGCACAUGUAUGUUUCUGUCUGUGUUUUCACACGUGUCUGUAUUUGAUUUCUCUCCAUGCUGCCUGUAGGGCCAGCAGUUCACUGGUGGGUAAGAAAUGGGGUCCUAGCCCCCCUAUGUUUCCCCAUGGUCCUAGCCCUAGCCUUUCUCCAUUAACUUUCGGCGCUGCUUCUGUCCACCUCUGUGAUGUGGCGCUUUGUCCUCUGCUGCUUUAAACAGCAUUCAUGGUGUUCAUGUUUUAGAGCUUUCUAAUCUAACCCCUAUAACUAAUCACCUCAGAGACAAUAUAGACCGAGGAGUAGUCAAUAUGUCAAAAGUGUUGAUCUUUUUGGUAAUUACUGUCACUGACUGUAUAUAACUGCAGUUGGUGUAUGUAUCUGUAUGGUAAGGUAUUGGAACCUGAAAAGGUUCCUUCCGUUGAUUUUAGAACCCUGCUCCGCUGCGCCAUGGCUCCCACUAACUGUGUUUCCAUGGUUUUCCUCUGGCUCUGACAUUCUAACAAUGUCACUCUCUCUCGAGCGCGCGCGCUCUGGGUUCCAUCCCUCCCUCACCGAGACUGUCAACUCUGACCUUUGUGACCUGUUUGAAGGUUUACAGAGAAACACUGAUGCUGUAUUCUGCCGUUCAGCAAAAGAUAGACUGGCUCUUUUAACUCCCCUCCAUCUGUCCUCCUCUCUUUCUCUCUGAAUUCAUUUGAAUUUCUCCUCUCCACCGUAAACCAUUCUGAUAACCAUAGAGAACCAUCUGGUGGCGGAUUGUGUGUGUGCGCGCGUGUGUAUACGGGUAUGUGUGAGUGGAUGGUAACUAUAUUGUUUGUGCGUGCGUUUGCAUGCGUGGUAACUAUGUGGUGUACUGUGAGAGUGUGUGGUGGUUUACACCUGUCGUGUGGUCUGUGCCGUGUGCAUAUGUGUAAAGCUACAGUGUGUGUGUUUGUAGACUCCAGGGUUGUUGUAUGUCCUUGUGUACAGAGUUAGUCAGAUUGUUGUUCUGAGAGUCGGUGGAGGCAGCUUCGUACGUUCCCAGUGCAUUCAUAUGUUUAGUUCUGUGAUCUCACACCUCCUCCUCCUCUUCUUCCUCACCUCACCCCACUCCUUCCUCUUCCUCCACCUCUUCCUCCUCAUCCACCCACAGAGAGAAAGCCACCUGCAGAUGCAGUACUUCCCAUCUGAGGGGCGGUUCGAUAAGAUGUACUUCCCUUAUUAUGGGAAGAAUUUGCAUGUAAGUACAUUACGCUACAUAUUUAUAUUGAGAAGGAAACUGUUCAUGAGAUAGAAUGCAGAAUAAUUUAAUUGUAAUUACAGAUAGAAAAUGUUACUAUUGUCAAGGCAGUCUAGGGAGAUGAGAAUGCUGGGAAAUGUACAGUAUGGGGGUGGACUAUAUUCACCUGAGGCAUUGAGUGCAAAAUGAAUGCCAGUGUAUUGUCAUGACAACCACUGUUAUGUGUGUGGAUGUGCGCACGUCUGUGCAUAUGUGAAUUAACAGUGGUCUCCCUCCAUCUCUCCCUGUGUGUUUAUCAGUCAACCUACGUUCAGCCCCUGGUCGCGGUCAAGCUUCUGCUGACCAAGGAGGACUACAACAACGAGCUGACCAUUGAGUGUAAGAUUGAGGGCUCGGACCUGCGGAACAGUGACGACCGCGACAAGUUCCUGGGGCGCGUCACAUUCAGGGUCAAAGUGGUCGAGUAG